AGUUUGGCUAAUGAAAAAUAUAAAAGAGGUAUAUAAUGACCGUGGCAGAAUCAGGAAAAUUAGUUCCUUAAGAGUAAAUAUCGAGAGUCUUCACGAUGAAUAUUUCAAUUGCUUGUUUUGUGGUUGCAGUUGGCUUGGCUAGCCAGGCAUUUUUGACUGCAUCAGUUCCAACGCAUCCUGAUGCCGGUAAAUCAAAUUCUGGAUCUGAUGAUAUCGUGGAACGAAUAGUGUCCCAGUUAUCUGAACAAGUGGAAUCGUUGGAGAAGAUUUUAAAAGAUGUUCGACAAAAUAAUAUAACUCAAGCUAUUGCGUCGGCAACUGAUAUCGCAAACGAAAAGGCAAGCCUUGUAAUUAGCCAUGAAACAAAAACUAAGAUCUAUAAAUUGUUCGAUUCUAUUAGAACAAGUUUAUCAGAUAUUACUAAUUCAGUUUCUAAGGCUGUAAGCAUCGACGAUAUUUCUGGAAUACUAAAUUCUUUAGAACAGGAUGCAUCAUCUGCUUUCGAAAAGAAUCGAGACUUUAUUCCUGGUGGAAAAGAAAUUUCUAAUACUUUCAAUAAUUUUCUUAACAGUUUCAAGGACGAAAGUAAAAAAAAAAAUUAAUUAAUUCGAUUAAUGUUAACUCUGACAAAAUGUAUAUCAAAUUGUUAUCAACAAUAAAUGAUUAAUAAUGUGAAAAAAAUUUAAC